CCGGCACAGCACAGGGGCGAUGAGUCAGCGGCACCUUCACACACACGGGCAGGAAGAACUGUCUCCUAAAGCCAAGUGAAGAUGUUUCUUGCUCUGGCACAUAAACCCUGGUACACGUUGUGCAAGUUCUACCUGCAACAUGCUGUUGGAGUGAAUCGAGUCCAAUAUGUGUACCAGGGCCCUGUGACCAGCAGAAACCUCUGGCGCAGGAUACCAUCUAGUCUACUUCCUAUCAGCACUGGUGCCCAACUACGUUUAUAUUCCUCAGACGACCAAAAGGAUGGCACUUCAAAAGGAGCUGUGGAAGAUAACAUCAAUACCUCAGCAUCCACAUCGGAGACCUCUACUGCUCAACAAAGCCCCAAAAAACCUAAAUUGAGUGGUUCUGUUCAACCUACUGUGGAGCAAAUUCAAGUAAAAGUUAAAGCUAUUCUGAAGAAAAGAGAUUAUGGAUCCAAAUACACUCAAAACAACUUCAUCACUGGUGUGCGAGCACUGAAUGAAUUCUGUCUAAAGCCCAGUGACUUGGAGCAAUUGAGAAGGAUUCGGCGACGAAGUCCACAUGAUGAUACCGAGGCAUUCACUGUAUACCUCAGAUCUGAUGUAGAAACCAAGGCCCUUGAAGUACAUGGUACCACAGAAGCUCUUACAAGGGCAAAGAAGCACCGUAAGGAGGCAGAAAUUGCAUAUAAAGAAAAACUUUUCAAGAACCAGAAGUUACUGAGAGAAUACAGGGACUUUUUGGGUAACACUAGGCCUCGUUCAACUACAUCAAAACCAUUUCUACAGGGACCUGCAAAAGUGGUAAUGGUUGCAAUCUGCAUCAAUGGGCUGAAUUUUAUUUUCAAACUUCUUGCCUGGGUUUAUACAGGCUCUGCAAGCAUGUUCUCAGAAGCUAUACAUUCACUGGCUGACACCUGUAACCAGGCUUUGCUAGCAGUGGGCAUCAGCCAGUCUUCAAGGACCCCAGACCCUGGCCAUCCGUAUGGAUUUACAAAUAUGCGCUACAUUGCAUCCCUAAUAAGUGGAGUUGGAAUCUUUAUGAUGGGUGCAGGACUUUCCUGGUACCACGGAAUAAUUGGACUUUUACACCCUCAACCGAUGGAAUCUCUAUUAUGGGCAUAUUGUAUCCUCGCUGGAUCAUUAGUAUCUGAAGGAGCAACUCUGCUAGUAGCUGUAAAUGAACUCCGCAAGAGUGCUCGAGUUAAAGGAAUAACAUUUUAUCAGUAUGUGGUGCACGGUCACGAUCCCAGCACUAAUGUUGUUCUGUUGGAAGAUUCAGCUGCUGUUAUAGGAGUGAUGUUAGCAGCUAGUUGCAUGGGACUGACAUCUCUUACUGGUAAUCCAUAUUAUGAUAGCCUAGGCUCUCUAGGUGUUGGAACACUCUUGGGAGCAGUAUCUGCAUUUUUGAUCUAUACCAACACAGAGGCUCUGCUUGGGAGGUCAAUUCAAGCAGAAGAAGUACAGCGACUUACUGAGCUGUUGGAGAAUGAUCCUUCAGUAAGGGCUUUACAUGAUGUGAAGGCCACUGAUUUGGGUAUGAAUACAGUGCGAUUUAAGGCAGAAGUCGAUUUUGAUGGAAGGAUAGUGACGAGGUCUUAUCUGGAGAAGCAAGACAUUGACCUGAUUUUAAAUGAAAUUCAGCAGGUAAAGACUCCUGAAGAUUUAGAAAUAUUUAUGCUGAAACAUGGAGAGAACAUUAUUGACACCCUGGGAGUUGAAGUUGACAGACUGGAGAAGAUGCUGAAGCAAAAGUAUCCCGAAGUUCGCCACGUUGAUUUAGAAAUCUUAUGAUUUACUGUGGAAGUGAAGAAACCAUUGAUGUCUACUGAAGAACACCACAAAAUAGAUACACAACGUAUAGCUAUUAUAAUACCUAGCACAGUCUUUUCAAAGCUGUUAUCAGUUUUUUUCUCUAAAUAUUGUAUUUAAAGACAUUGAACAAUGUGAUAUAUGACAAUGACGGCUUAGUGGAUUGUUGUGCUAUCAAGUAAUCUCUUGUGGUGUAACUACCAUAUUACCUGGAUGAAGAGCUACUCCUUUUGUAGGAUAUUGGCACUGGACCAAUUUGGAUUUGUGAUGGUGGUGGGUUGUAAGGGAGGUGGAAAGAUAGUAGUUAUCUGCUUACAAAUGGGGUUGAUUGUAUCACCUACUCAAGAGAUGCAAUCCUUAUUGGUCUGCAUGAGCUGUACUAGAUAGAGCUGUCAAGAUUCAAACCCUACACCAUACGGAUUCAUUCUGUUCAGUCUUGCAUAUUGUGAGGUUAGAGUGUGAUAUCUGCACUGUGCAAAACAAAUCUUUUAUUUAUGGGGCCAUUUAAACUAAUGGUAUAGUAAUCUGCAAUGUUCUGACCAAACUUUUACAGAAGCUUUUGGGAGUGACAAUAAAACAUUAUUUAAUAAAAUGUCAUUUUAAUAUA